UUACAUCAUUUUCAACUUAACAAAAAACUUUUAAGAGCUUGAUACUUGUCUUGAGCAACACUUUGGCGACCUGUGAAAGAGAGUUAGAUUUGCAUCGUGCGGUGAAGCAUAAGCGGCAAUGGCAUCAUCGGAAGGAGAAGAGUCUCAGCAGCCACAACUUGUCCUCGCCGACAAGCUUUUCCUCCUCAAACAACCCGAUGUUCAAGACAUUGACAAAGUUGGAUUCAAGGAGGAUGUCUUCACAUUCGUCAAGGAUCAUGAUAUGGUCCCUUUAUACGAAACCCUAGUCGCCGAUUCUGUUUUGGAUAUGGAUCGUGCCCUUUUGGACUCUAUGCGUGCUAAAAUUGACGAUGAGCUUAAGAAGCUUGACGAAAAGAUUGCCGAUGCCGAGGAAAACUUAGGUGAGAGUGAAGUCCGCGAGGCUCACUUGGCAAAAUCCUUGUUUUUCAUCCGGAUUGGGGACAAGGAGAAAGCCCUGGAACAUCUCAAGAUAACAGAAACCAAGACUGUUGCAGUGGGGCAGAAGAUGGACUUGGUGUUUUACACGCUGCAGCUUGGUUUCUUUGACAUGGAUUUUGAUCUAAUUUCCAAAAGUAUUGACAAAGCUAAAAGCUUGUUUGAAGAAGGUGGUGAUUGGGAAAGGAAGAACCGGCUGAAAGUGUAUGAAGGCCUCUACUGCAUGUCCACUAGAAAUUUUGAGAAGGCUGCAACAUUGUUUUUGGAUUCUAUCUCAACCUUUACAACCUAUGAACUUUUUCCAUAUGACACCUUUAUAUUUUACACCGUUUUGACAAGCAUCAUAACACUGGAUAGAGUUUCCUUAAAGCAAAAGGUAGUGGAUGCUCCUGAGAUCUUGACAGUGAUUGGCAAAAUCCCACAUCUGUCAGAGUUUUUGAACUCCCUAUAUGAUUGUCAAUACAAGUCUUUCUUCUCAGCAUUUGCUGGUUUGACGGAGCAAAUUAAGUUGGAUCGCUAUUUGCAUUCACACUUCAGGUAUUACAUGAGAGAGAUCAGAGUUGUUAUAUAUUCCCAGUUUUUGGAAUCUUACAAGAGUGUGACAAUUGAGGCCAUGGCAAAAGCAUUUGGAGUAUCCGUGGAUUUCAUUGAUGUGGAGCUAUCACGUUUUAUCGCAGCUGGGAAACUUCAUUGCAAGAUCGAUAAGGUUGCAGGCGUUCUUGAAACCAACCGCCCUGAUGCCAAGAAUGCUCUUUACCAGGCAACUAUUAAGCAAGGGGACUUCUUGUUGAACAGGAUCCAGAAAUUGUCGCGUGUGAUUGAUCUUUAGGUGUUUUUACAAUUAAAAAGGUGUAUUGAAAGGCAGAGAUGCUGGCAAUAUCAAGGGGACAUCCUGUUGAAUGCAUUUUACUAGGCGGGGUCUUGAGACAUGACAUUUCUGUAGUCCAUUUGAUUUCCAAAUUAAUGAACACCCAAGCUGGCUGAAUUAUCUGAAUCCAUUUCGAGUUAUAUCUUAAACAAUUUCAUUAUUUUUGUGACAAAUUUAGUGUUUGAAUGUAUACUUGUUAGCUAUGGUAUUGUUCAGUUUCUCA